AUGUCAUUAUGGACGACAAUUAGCAAUGAAUUAAAUGAAACAGGGCUUGAUACCGACGGUCAAAAAUUAUCCCCCUAUUAUCAACACUUAGCAAAAGGAAAAAUAUUCCAAGUUGUUCAGGAAUUAGAAUGGGAAUGGUUGAGCUCUGAUCCCCAAACAUAUACGUCACCAACAUCGGGUUCAGUAUCUCCAGCAGUAUCUACUCCGACACCCCCGCCGCCACCGCCACCACCAUUGACACAACAAGAGGAUAAUUCUUUAUCUGUGUCAGAUCUAUCAACAUUUUUUACGGAGUUUAAUCCCUCAAGUGGUUGUCCCCAAAAUCCGACUCCACGGGUUGAAGAAUCAUAA